AUUGACCGCCUCUCGUGAGCGAAUGAAUCGUUCGUUCGCUCUCGCUCUGCCGAUCGAGUUUCUGAGGAAGCCAUUUUAUUUCUUGUGAAUGUGACGAAAAAUUUUAGUCAGAUUUCGAGUUUAAACUUUUAAAAUCUAAUAAUUUCAAUGAGUGCCUGUUAUAAGUGUCUUUUGUGACGUGUGUAUGUGCAAGGAACGUAAAGAAUGUCUGCGUUUCCAAUUGGUUUGUGUUGACCUGCCUAUUUCUUACGUUCGCUCAGGCAGGCAUCGAUUAGUACAAGGUAGCCCGUAUAACGGCAAUUCGGGGCAUUGAAAUAAGUUCUAGUUUACGCCAUGGGCAAUAAUGCUGCCACCGCUAAUAAAAAGGUGGACGCCGCCGAAAGCGUCAAAGAAUUCCUCGAUCAGGCUAAAGAGGAUUUCGAGGAGAAAUGGAAGAAAAAUCCUACCAACACCGCCGGAUUGAACGACUUUGAAAGAAUAAAAACGCUCGGAACAGGCUCAUUCGGGCGAGUUAUGAUAGUUCAGCAUAAACCCACGAAAGAGUAUUAUGCUAUGAAAAUAUUAGAUAAGCAGAAGGUCGUAAAACUAAAACAAGUAGAACAUACGCUGAACGAAAAACGAAUUCUGCAAGCUAUAAAUUUUCCGUUUUUGGUAAGCCUUAAGUUCCAUUUCAAGGACAACUCCAACUUGUAUAUGGUUUUAGAAUAUGUGCCUGGUGGUGAAAUGUUCUCCCACCUGCGUAAGGUAGGUCGCUUUUCGGAGCCACAUUCACGAUUCUAUGCGGCUCAGAUAGUCCUAGCAUUCGAGUAUCUACACUAUUUGGACCUUAUCUACCGUGAUCUGAAGCCUGAAAACUUGUUAAUUGAUUCGCAAGGCUAUUUAAAAGUAACUGAUUUCGGCUUUGCGAAGCGCGUGAAAGGUCGUACGUGGACUCUAUGUGGAACACCUGAGUAUCUGGCUCCAGAAAUCAUUCUGUCCAAAGGUUAUAAUAAAGCUGUUGACUGGUGGGCACUUGGGGUACUUGUUUAUGAGAUGGCAGCUGGAUACCCGCCCUUCUUUGCAGACCAGCCGAUUCAAAUAUACGAAAAAAUCGUGUCUGGCAAGGUUCGCUUUCCUUCACACUUUGGCUCUGAUCUGAAAGACCUGUUGCGCAACCUUCUCCAAGUGGAUUUGACGAAACGCUAUGGUAAUCUAAAAGCGGGCGUUAAUGAUAUUAAAGGUCACAAAUGGUUUGCAAGCACUGAUUGGAUAGCUGUAUUCCAGAAGAAGAUUGAGGCACCUUUCAUCCCACGCUGCAAGGGUCCAGGAGAUACCAGCAACUUCGAUGAUUAUGAAGAAGAAGCUCUUCGCAUUUCGUCAACUGAGAAGUGCGCGAAGGAAUUUGCUGAAUUCUGAGCGCUCUAUUGGAGCCUGCGCGCGGAAAAUACCGUGAGUAGGUGUUAUGUUUUAGUGAACCUUCCUUGACAUUAGUCAUGGGGAAUGAUGAACAUCUCUCAGCAAUAGCUUUGGGUGAAUAUAAACUUUUGUGCCCAAUGUUGACAUCUGAACUGUUAAAAUUGGUGAGGAUAGAACUGAUCCCUGAUAUGUGGCAUUUGCUUACUGCCAGAUAGAUAAGAAGGCUAAUAUAUCUAUCCUAUGGUGAUAUUUAUAUCAUUUCUGAUGAUACUAGCCACAAGGAAUGUAAGCCCUCAUUUUUGGCUGUUUAAUCAGUUUUGUAGUCUGCCUUUAAAAUUGCGAUAGUUAGCUUAUUAAAUAAUUUAUAUUGUUUUUGUAAUGUGGAUACAAUGUGUACUGCAAUUUUUCUUGUUGCUUUUAGAUUUGUCAGACAUCAGAAGACAUUACUUAAUUAUUGUUGUUAUAGAUAUCACUUUCAUUAGACAGUCUUAUAUUUGAGAAUUGUGAGGUUUUGCUAGUAUGCUCUAUGUUUAGGUACCACUAAUUAUUUCUGUAAACAAAACUUGCUUUUGAUAUUAUCAUUUUAAGCAAAUGGUGAUACACGUCCCUUUUAUCCUAAGUAAGAAGUUUUUUGGUGUAAGUUGUAAUUUUGAGCUUUUGUUAUUGAUUUUAUUUUUAGAAAAUGUAUUGUUGAAUCAUUUGAUAUUUUAGUUAAGGAUAACUAAAUAAAGAUGAAAGAGAUUAAUUUAUUUACCAUAAUGUAGUGUUCAGUUGUGCAAUCCAAGCUCGUUUGUGAUCUGAUGUAAGGAGACCUUAAAUUUUAAGUGUAAUUUUAUAUAGUUCCUUUUAUUAGUGAAUGUACAGUAACCGAAGAUGAACACAGCCGCAUAUAAUGUCUCAUUGGAAAGCUAUCUCUCAUUAGCAUCAUAGUUAAAGAGCAAUAAAUUUCCUAACAUUCUCCAUGGAUAGCAAUAUGACCUUUAAAUUAUUAUUGAUUACUUAAGCACAAGAUAAUAAGGGAAUUGUGAGAUAAUACUGCAUCCAUAUGAGAAUGUAUUAUAGCAACAGUAAUAAUAGGUAAUAUAAUUAGGUUGUAUUAUAUACAGGAAUACAAAAUAUGAAUGUUGCCUUGAAAGGCAGUCUUAGGAAAAGUAUAAUUAACCAUUUAAUCUUGUAUAAUGUGAUGUUAGUGAGAGAAUAGUGUUUUCCUAUUUCAUUUGUAGCUCAGUGGUCAGUUUGAUAGCUAUUAGAUGUAGGACUUUGAAUCCAGGCUGUACAAAUAUCAUAGUUAUUUGUAGUGAAUUUAACAUGUGGUAUGUGCGCGUAUGUGUCAAUAGUCAUUAGUUUAGGUCCUGGGAAGGUUACUUAACUUGCACAUUCAUCUAACAUGUUUAAAUAUUAAUUUACGCUGAAUCCAAAGUCAUAUCAAACUUAUUAAAUCUAUUCAGAAAUUCUUGUACUAGUAGAUAUUGACCAAUUUGCUUGUCUUUUAAUAUUUUACAGGUUAGUUAAGUUUCCUAUGUACUAAUUUAAUUUAGAUUAAAUUUUACUGCAAUUUGAUGUCCUAACUGGUGGAUAGGUGUAGCAAGUUAUUGGCAUAUUAGUGCAGCUUUAUUUGAUGUGAUAGACACUAUUCCUUCAGUAGAUAUAACAAUGUUAUCAGUAUACUUAUCAUACUGUCACAAUCACAAAUAAAGUUAUGUCUAAAAUUUUAAUAUAUCAAGAAAUAGAAUAAUGUUUGUAAAACAAUUUUAUGAAUUACUUAUUUUUAAGGGAAAAAAGCUAAUGUAUUCAUAUGAUUUGGCACAUUACAAGGUUAUUUGUUUUGAGACUUAAUAAACAGGAUAUGGUAAUAGGAAAGAGUUGAUGAAUGAGGUUUUUUUUAGAAUUGUUUAGUAAUUGAUGCAAACCUGUUACAUAAAUACGCCAGUUAGACAUUCAUAAUGUAACAUUAUUUCUAUAGUCAUGUCUUUAAUGUGUUCCUGUUAGGAAUACAUUCAUUUAAAACUUAUAAGAAAUUAAAUGAUGUAACUUUAAUAAUCAUUGUAUAUAACUAGAGUGAUUGGACCCACAUUUUAGGAUAAAAUUCAAUAUUGGCUUUGAUUACACUUCAUUCCAUUAGCUUUCAAAAUAACUCAUUGCCAUGUAUGCAAAUCUUUCUAAUGUGAACAUUUUAGUCGUUUUGAAUAUUAAAUCCUAGUGACGGUGUGUAUUUGAGAGCUGUCUUUUUAUAUCUGCGUACUAAUUUAUAAAAUGUUCACGUCUAGAUCUAUUAUAUCGAGUGCCUAUAGCAUUGAAGUUCAAGUGUAAAAAGUCAGUUAAUUUCAAUCAUUAUUUGUCAUCAUGUAUUGAUCUUCCAUAAAUUACGAUGAAAUUAAAAUAUCGAUGUAACAGUAAA